GACUCCAGAAGUUGCUCCGUGGUGCUGACCUCUCCCAGUCCUGGCCUGUGUGCAGACCAUGAGACCUCUGUGGGUCGUGCUGCUGACUUGUGCUCUGCACACAGCUAUUUCACAGGAGCCCUCUGAAUCUGACGCCUUCACGGAAUGCACUGAUGGGUACCAGUGGGAUGCCCAGACUCUGCACUGUAAAGAUAUAAACGAGUGCGAGACGAUCCCGGACGCCUGCAAGGGGGAGAUGAAGUGUUUUAAUCACUAUGGAGGCUAUCUGUGCCUCCCUCGCUCAGCCUCAGUCAUCGCCAACAACGAGGUCAACGCCGGGGCGGGUGAUCCCAGCCAAUCACCAGCCAGCCUGCCGGCCGCUGGCCACACCCCCUUCAACCCCUGUUCCCUCGGUUACGAACCCCAGGGAGACACCUGUGCUGACGUGGACGAGUGUGAGCAGGACCUGCACGACUGCCAGCCCAGCCAGCUGUGCAUCAACACCGCCGGCUCCUUCACCUGCCAGUGUCCGGAUGGGUACCGCAAGAUCGGCACCGAGUGCGUGGACAUUGACGAGUGUCGGUACCGGUACUGCCAGCACCGCUGCGUGAACUCGCCGGGCUCCUUCUCCUGCCAGUGUGAGCCCGGCUUCCAGCUGGCGGGGAACAACCGCUCCUGCGUGGAUGUGGACGAGUGUGACAUGGGUGCCCCCUGUCAGCAGCGCUGUUAUAACACCUAUGGGACCUUCGCCUGCCGCUGUGAGCAGGGCUACGAGCUGGGAGAGGAUGGCUUCGCCUGCAAUGACAUCGACGAGUGCAGCUACUCCAGCUACCUGUGCCAGUACCGCUGUGUGAACGAGCCCGGCCGCUUCUCCUGCGUCUGCCCAGAGGGGUACCAGCUGCUGGGCACCCGGCUGUGCCAGGACAUCAACGAGUGCGAGACGGGGGCUCACCAGUGCAGCGAAUCCCAGACCUGCGUCAACAUCCACGGGGGCUACCAGUGUGUGGAGACAAACCGCUGCCAGGAGCCCUACGUCCAGGUGUCGGACAACCGCUGCGUGUGCCCGGUGACGAAGCCGGGGUGCCGGGAGCUGCCCUUCUCCAUCGUCCACCGGUACAUGAGCAUCACGUCUGACCGCUCCGUCCCCUCCGACAUCUUCCAGAUCCAGGCCACCAGCGUCUACCCCGGCGCCUACAACACCUUCCGCAUUCGCUCCGGAGACGAGCAGGGGGACUUCUACAUCCGGCAAAUCAACAACAUUAGCGCCAUGCUGGUGCUGGCCCGCGCUGUGACCGGGCCCCGCGAGUUCGUCCUGGACCUGGAGAUGAUCUCCGUCAACCCCCUGAUGAGCUACCAGACCAGCUCCGCACUGCGGCUGGCCGUCUACGUGGGGCCCUACGCCUUCUAGAGAGAGCCCCCCCUCCUCAUCCCAGACACCACUACAGCUGCUGUCCACUCUGGGUUCGCCGGACACUGACCCCCUCCCGGCCCACCUCCGAACCGCUCCCUCUGACCUCGACGCUGUCCUGCCGGCCCAGGAGUGGGCAGUGGGUUUCUCCUGGUCCUGCAGAGCCACAUUGGGUCACUCAGCUCGUAACGACCUCAUUCAGUCAGUUAGUGACUUAAUUGGCCUUAAACCGCUUCGAAGUCCUUAAUCAUUGACGAGUGUGCACUCGCUAUAAAAUCCCACAGGGUUGGACUCUCCUUGUUGACGAAUAGAUUCAAACCCUUUUCCAAAUCCGAGCCAGACAGAUGUGGGUUUGCAUUAGUUUCUCUUUUUUUGUAUUUACUGCCUUUUUGUGUUUUUUUUUAUUAAAGAAGAAGGACAUAUAUAAAUGUACGUAUUUGAUUAUUAUUUUUUAAAAUGUUCAUUAUAAGAUCAAGUUUAUGGGGCCUCAAGAUAUGAAGGAUUUGUGUAGGAAAAAAAAGGCAAAAAAAUAAUAAAAUUGGAAAACCUGGA